ACGAUCUCUAUUACUAUUUUUUCCCCUAUGUAUCUUACUAUAGAUGGAUAGGUCUUCGAAUUUGUAUCUGAAAUAGUUUUAUCCGAAAUUAUGAGACGCGUUGGAAAAAUGAGGACUUCGAAGUCACGUGUAACGUAUUAAGAUCAUUGAAUGAUUAUCUAUUGACUAUUUUGACGAUACAUUUACGGAUUUAAGUCGUAAAUAAAAAUGACUGAUUUGUGGUUAGGUGUUAUUAAAGCAUAAUUAUAUUGUGUUAAAAUAACGAAACUUAUUCGAAUAAAUGAACGCAACAAGAUUACUAACUACUGUUUCUAUAACAAGUGUUACUCGUAAUAUCCAUAUCAUACUGUCUCGUCAGGAGCAAAAGAUCUUUCACAUGCUCGAGUUGCCCCUGCAACACUCACUUUUCGGAUAUCAUUGCAAAAGUGCAUCAGUUCCAGAAAUAUUAUUUUCAACAUACUCAAAUGUAAUUGAAUACAUGUUUAAUCCAAUGACACAUCAAGAAUUUAACAAAAAUAUCAUGGAACCUCUUUUGGAUACUUGUUAUGCUACAAAUAGUAAUUCAGCAUCCUGUGAUAUACCAUAUAAUAUUUCUAAUACAAAGGUGGUAAGUCACAGAGCUAGCACUGACACAAUGGCAAAUGAAAUGGCUAUUAAUUCAUGUAUGGAACAUACAACAACUUUACAACAAAGAACUAUUAUCGAUAAGCAAAAUUAUAACGCUAUAAGGAAAUGGAAGAGAUUGGGAAAAGGGAAACUACAGAUGGAUGGAGAUGAUGCAUUUGUAUUUAGACUAUUGUCUUUCAAUAUUCUUGCACAAAAUCUUUUAGAAGCUCAUCCAUAUCUGUAUCUGCAACAUAAUAGGGAAGCAUUGCCUUGGGAUAUACGAAAACCUCUUUUAUUACAAGAAAUACUUGAAGCACAAGCUGAUGUUAUAUGUCUUCAAGAGAUGCAGGAAAAAUAUUUAAAUGAAUUUUUAAAACCUUUUAAAGAACUUGGAUAUAAAUAUCUGUACAAGAAACGAACUAAUGAUAAAGAGGAUGGUUUACUAUUGUUGUAUCAUUCUGAUCAAUUCAAUUUGGUAGAUUACAUGAAAGUAGAAUUUUAUCAACCAGGCAUAGAACUCCUUAACAGAGACAAUGUUGGGAUAGUUGCAAAAUUAUCAUUUUGUGAUAGCCCAGAUACACAGAUUGUUGUAGCUACUACUCAUUUGCUUUUUAAUCCAAGACGAAAUGAUAUAAGAUUAGCACAAACUCAACUACUACUUACAGAAAUAGAAAAAAUUGCAUUUAUUGAAAACACAGCAUCGGGCCCAAAAUAUCUACCUAUUAUUUUUUCGGGUGAUUUUAAUUUGGAGCCUUAUACAGGCGUUUAUAAAUUUAUAACUGAGGGAUCUUUUGAAUAUUAUGGUAAAGGCAAAAAUCUGGAACCUACUGAAUUUCGUGCUUUAUCUUAUUUAUUAAUACCUCCACUAUUACGUAUUACGGAUAACUGUCAAUAUUUUCAUCUCUUAAUUAAAAGAUUAAAAGAAAAUAUUACUGAAGAUGCAGAGAAAAAGGACACUAAUUAUGCUGAUAAACAAGAUACAUCAUAUGGCGUAACUGUAUUUAAGCAAACUGAAUUUGAUACAAACAAAAUUGAACCUCAACUUAUUGAAAUAACGCAAAAUGAUUAUGUCAAAUUUUCAUCUGGCAGAUUAACACAUCCUUUUAAUUUACGUAGUGUUUAUAAACAUACAAACAAACAUGGAAAAAAAGAAGUAACAACUAAUCAAGGGGAAUGGAUUACAGUUGAUUAUAUAUUCUAUAGUGAUCUUGAACCAAUAGAUACAUACACCUUGCCAACUAUUGAAAAGUGUAAAAAUUUUCCUACUAUACCUAACUUUGCUGUUGGAAGUGAUCAUUUAUGCUUAGGGGCUAGUUUUAAAAUAUUAAAGAAGAAGUAAUAAAAGUACAGAUUCUACAAUUAACUCUUUUUAUGAAAGUGACUAUAUUUACCAUCAAUUCAUUAUAAUGGCUGUGAAUAUGUAGUGAUCUUAUUAUCAUAAAAACAUCAAAGAUUUGUUAAAGGUAUAAAUUAUAAUUUUACUUUUAUAUAAGUAGUAAUAGAUAAUAAUACAUCACAGAAUACAUAUUUAGACAAAAUUCUAUAGUGUUUCUCACAAUAUAGUUUAUAAUUUUGGUUUUUUUUUAAGGAUGACUAUAUGUAGAUAAUUUAUGUAAUAUAAUAAAACUUAUUUGAUUACA